AUGGGCCGACAGGCUUAUUUAAACCGGCUCGCUUUGGGCCGGUCACCUUAUGAGCCACCUGAGAUUGCCGCAGUGGAUCCUUCGAACCCGGUACGAAGGGUGUCCAACAUUCAUUCCGAUAGUCACAUGCAGCAGUACGAUGCUCGGGGUCAUCCAGUCAAUCCAGAAUCAAAAGCCCUGGGGCGGGAGCUUCGCAGAGCAAAAAAUGACAUCCUCUCUACGAUGGGAGUUGUUGUCAGCGGCGAGGACAGGAACGCUAGCUCUUCCAGAGAACAGGAGAAGAUUAACCAAAUUGCCACUGAGAACGACUUCGGCCUGGUUAUCACCACGGUGGAUCAACUUUGCGUAUUCCUGGGUACCUGGUGGUCCUCAUCUCUCACCGGGCGAAUUCAGGCUUACCGACACUAUACGCAUGCUGCUUUGCUUGAAGUAAUCCGCUCCGAGCGUGGAGCGACUGGAGUACUCGGAUUCUACUUAGCUGGCAUCCCUGCAUGGGCAGUGUCUAGUGGCUUGGCCAUCAUUCGGGACAACCCACUGAAGCGGGUUUUUAUCACGGCACGCGAUUACUUCGCGGAUAUCACCGGCAGUGGAAGUCUCUCGCUCGGAGUUAGAUCUCUUUUCGGGCUCACGUAUUAUGUGGCAAGAAGCUCAGUCCUUCUUUUGUCGGUGGAAGCCUACAUGUACUCUCUGCUCCAGUCUCUUUCUCUUGUGCCUUCAAAUGCUAUUCCUAGCCUUCGCAUCCUUGUGCCAUUUGGCAAAGAAUCUCUGGUUCAAUUACCCCCUGUUCCUACCGAGCUAUCUAUACCGUCGGUUGGUGGGUUCUUUCUACGCCUGAUGGCAUCCCCAGGAGUUUUGACCUUCCUAUUUGCCUUUUACUUGCGACCGGAGCUUGAAGAGCGCAUUUACAGACUUAUUCGUCGCCAGCUGCCGAAGCCUACUGUUGUCGACGAGCUUUCAAUUCGAGUCGCAUACGAAGAGAAUCUUAUCGACUGGGUGGUCCCCACUCUGGGACGCAGAUCCGCAGAGGAAAUGCGCCGCGUUAAGCUCACAUUAUUUGAGGAUAUCAAGUACGAACUGAGGUCUUUCCAAGGAUGGCUGUUCUCUUUUUUCGGUCUUUUGUCAAAACCAAAGGUUGACACAAAAACCAAGGAUGGAAAUCAAUUGGAGAGAAUAGAAACGCUUCGACACUCAAUUGAAUCGUUACAAAACGAGCUUGAAGAAGUUCAACUUCGUAACCUUCCUCUUGACGAGGAACCGGAGGAUCGGUUUGCAAGGCGUCUGGGGUCAUUCUCCCGUACAAACACGGGUGAAAUUGGACGGCCUGAUCUGCCAAUUGUUGCAGGACCUACCCACAUGACCGAGGCGGAGCUGGCCCUGGGUAUGCACCAGGUACUCACCAAUGAAAAUCGGAUGUCCCAAUCGCCGGGAGAAAUGAGUAACGAUUUCUUCUCUGAAAUGGCAACACUGGGUCGAACAAGUGCCAACUCGAACACCACAGCUUCACAGAGUCAAUUGAGCCACACACCAGGCGGGGAGGAUACAACAGCAGAUCGACAAAACUCUCGCUCAAACACACUGUUUUCUCGCCCGUCAUCACCGGAGACUUCUCCCCCAACUUCACCUCGUGUUCGAGCCUCUUUGAUUCACCAAAGUUCCGAUAUAAUCACGAUGCAGCUGGAGCUUUUGGGCAACCGAAGCCACAGCGUCCAAGGCCAGGGGAUUGCCUCAAACCUACUGCCCAGAACGAGCCGAAAUGGCUCUAGCUUGCGGCCUUCGGCCCUACCUGACCGCAGAUCGAUUGCCGAGUUCCUCGAGGCAUUGAUUUUGAGCCAGGCUGCCCAACAAGGGAUUACGGCAGAUCAAGAUGGCGAUUCAAAUGUAACUGCAGGAGCGAGCUAUACAACAGCUCAAGACCUCCCUAUGAAUGACGAAGAGUCUCAAAACUCGAUAGAAGAGGCCAUUGCAGUUAGCCAUCCCAUCCCGCCUCCCCAACAAGAAGGGCCAACCUUGAACGUCCCCAACAUUCUUCCAGAUGGUGUCGAGGAACCGAACGACGAGGGGCCAGACAGUCAAUUGCCAUUGGCUGUGGGAGCAGCCCAGGGUGCAAAUAUUCCAGUAGACCCCGCCCUCGGACUCCCGAAUUUCGCUUCUCGCCUCCCUGGGCAACCUGGCAUUAACCAGACCAUGAUCGCUCACCGGGUUACUCUUCUCUCUGCGCACCCAGUGGAUUCGCUGGCAUCACACCUUGCUGCUAUUAUCAGCACUAUAAUUCUUUCUCCCUUGGAAUCGCUUACCCUGCGCUCUCUGGCCCACUCUUACCUUUCCACACACCCUUCAUCUACAACUCGACUUUCAGAUCUUUAUUCCAUGGAUAUCUGGUUUGGUGGAGGCUCUUGGUCUGAUAGACUUGCAUAUACUGGGAGACUAUUUCUUAUGAGAGGCAUGCAGGCCGCGCUAAGGGCAGGCGUCUGGGGAUUCCUGGUUGGCUCCACGAUGAGGAUUGGGCGAAAGUUCUGUGGCUGGGGGAGUCUGAAGUGA